CUGGACAUUGUGUUUAUUUUUUUUCGUGUAAAGUGAAACGAAUUUGAAGUUGGGCCAUGCCAACUUCUCUGGUAAAGUAGGUGUGGCCUGUUGGUUUAGUUAACACCGUAGGUGUGGCCUAUUGGUUUAGUCCACGUCAUGGCACCGUGGGUGUGGCCAAUCGAUUGAGUCCACGUCAUGGUACCGAAGUUGUGGCCAAUUGAUUUAGUCCUCGUUGAGAAAUUCAGCCUGAUGUUUCUUUUUUUUUUUUUUUAACGGGUCGUACACAUAUAACAUAGCACAAAAAUUGACAUAUUGGACCCACCCCUAGCCCUUAUAACGUUCUAUAACAUUUCUAUUGACCACCCCUUAAUGGUAUAUAACAUCUCCAGCAACCUCCCCUCUCCAUAUACCCAGAUAAAACCAAAUAAAGUUGUUUUUUUUUUUUUUUUUAAAUCCUAAACAAAUAAAUUUCAAUUUAAAAAAACACAAAUUAAUUUUUCAAAUCUGACAAUAUACCCAGAUAAAACCAAAUAAAGUUGUUUUUUUUUUUUUUUUUUAAAUCCUAAACAAGCAAAUUUCAAUUUAAAAAAACAGAAAUUGAUUUUUCAAAUGUGACAAUUAUGUAAGCAAAACUGUGUAUUUUAAUUUAUAAUAAAUCUAAGCUACUUUCGUAAAUUAGAAAAGCAGACAUUUAAAAAAAAAUGAAUUAAUAAUUAAAAACAUCAAAAUCCAAAAAAAAAUAUUUUUUUUAAAAAAAAGUGUUAUAUAAAUAACGUUGCUCUCCACCCCCCCCCACCAACCCCAAAUAACACAAGAAAAACAAUCUAAAAAAUCCACCCGUACACCCUUCUCGUUAUGUAAUAUGUUCACUGUCCCAAACUACCAAAAGCUACGUCUGGUUACCGUCGUUAGUGACCUCUGACGACCACGGGUUUAAUAAUAUCAGAAUUCAAUUUAAUUCAAUUGCCACUUUUAAAUUUAUUAAAUUGAAAUCUUCUGUCAGAAUACAUCUAUCACAACAGAAAGUUUAAUAUCAUUGGUAACUUCAGGUUUUAUAGUUAUGAUAGAAACUAUACCAUCCUCCCCCCCCACCGUUUAAAAAAACUGUCACACUUUCGUAGACGCCUCUACCCCACCCCCUUCCUAGGCGUGACAUACUUCAUGGACGGCCCCUCACGUACUCCUAGUAAGGUAGCCAAAAGAUACCAGGUAGCCAAAGAUACCAAAUAGCCAAAGAUACCAGGUAGCCAAAGAUACCAGGUAGCCAAAGAUACCAGGUAGCCAAAGAUGUCAGGUAGCCAAAGAUGUCAGGUAGCCAAAGAUACCAGGUAGCCAAAGAUGUCAGGUAGCCAAAGAUACAUUUUAUAUCAAUAUUGUAAUCAAAGCUUUCCUAUCGUUUCCUUUCAGUGUUGGAAAUACUUUAUUUACUUUAUCUAAACACUAUGGGCAGUGGCGUAAUACUUCUCGCUGUCGUGGUUGCCACGGUUGUCCUUACCACAACUGCAACGCCCUUGGACCAUUAUGUCAAUCAGCCAGACAGCACAUACACCUACAGGUACUUGACCUCCAUCACAGGCCCCGACUACUCUAUUUAUAUUUUGAAUAUGACUUCACAAACAUGGCUGACAGGUGAGUUCAACACAAAGCAGUAACUGAUGUCUCGACCAGUGGCGUAACAACGGCUUAGCAUUGGGGCAGUUGCCAAGGGCGCCGGCCUGCGCCAUUUCAAAAGGGCGCCGCUAAAUCUCUAAUUUUUAGUUUUUUUAUUUAAACAAAAGGGCGCCAAAAAUAAAUUAGCCAAGGGCGUCAAAAACCCAGUUACGCUCCUGGUCUAGACCCCUGAAUACCUUACAAGUAGAUCUAGACGGCCAGACUUUGAAUAGCUGUGGAGCAGACGAUCAGACUUUCACUAGCUGAGAAUUUAUUUAUUUGUUUUAUUUUGUUAUAUACACGGGGAGGGGGGGGGGGUAAAAAAAAAAGUGGGGGGGGGAGAGUGGAGAUUAAAGUUAAAGGGAAGGGUCUAUCUUUUAAAAAUGAAAUUAGUUUUAACAGAAGUUAGCCAAUGUAAAUUUCUAGCUGAGAAUUUAUUUAUUUGUUUUAUUUUGUUAUAUACACGGGGAGGGGGGGGGGGUAAAAAAAAAAGGGGGGGGGUGAGAGUGGAGAUUAAAGUUAAAGGUCAGGGUCUAUCUUUUAAACAUGAAAUUAGUUAUAACAGAAAUUAUCCAAUGUAAAUUUCGUUUUUUAAGUUUUUAAUAAUUGCCACAGAUAAGGUCACGACGACUCCUGUGUGGUGGCAUUACGUCAGCGUCAUUAUCCCAAAGGAGGUAGAGUACACGGACACGGGCUUUUUGUGGAUCAGUAGUGGCAGCAGUCUCAAUGGGUAGGUUAUAAUACUGUCUAGCUUAUGAGCUCAUUUUAGCAUUUUUUUAAAAACACUAUUUGAUUUUGAUUUGACAUCGUGUUCCUCUGUAAUUUGAAAUCUGGCAAUCGAUAUAGAGUCCAGGUCUGUGCAACAUGCGGCCCACGAGCUGCAUGCGGCCCGCCAGCACCCACUUCGCGGCCCGCCCGCGAAGUAACGAAAUAUUCUUUAUUAUUAUUAUUAUUUUCUUAAUAGCUUUCGCCCAUGUCCUAUUAUCUUUCAGCCCGCACAAGUUUUUUUUUCAUGAGGUAUAACGGCCUGCCUUACAUUCUGAAUUGUGCAGGCUUGAUUUAGAUGUUUACCGGGAAGGGAGGGGUUUGGGGGGGGGGGGGGUUUACAGAGCCAUCGCGUUACUUUUGUAGUCACCCACCCCCUGGACACUUUUUUUUCAGUUUUGUUUCCUUGCAUUAAGGUAGAUAGUUAAUAUUUUAGUGUAAAAGCUUUUUGGCCCCUUAAAUAUUUAGGGCCCUGAAGCUGCGUGGCGGUGGGGGUGGGGGGGGGGGUAACUGGGCCGGCUCAAAGGCUCUGCGAGGGGGGGGGGGGCGUAAGGCGUAAACGACAACAAACAAAUAUUUAGGUUUGAGCUUUCAAUAUGUUUAGAUGUUUAUGUUUAGGUGUUUAUGUUUAGAUGUUUAUGUUUAGAUUUUUAUGUUUAGGCGUUUAUGUUUAGAUGUUUAUGUUUAGAUGUUUCUGUUUAGGUGUUUAUGUUUAGAUGUUUUUUUAGGUGUUUAUGUUUAGGUGUUUAUGUUUAGGUGUUUUUGUUUAGGUGUUUAUGUUUAGAUGUUUAUGUUUCGAUGUUUAUGUUUAGAUUGUAUGUUUAAAUGUUUAAGCCUAGGUACUGUUUAUGUUUAGGUGUUAAUGUGUAGGUGUUUAUGUUUAGAUUUUUAUGUUUAGGCGUUUAUGUUUAGAUGUUUAUGUUUAGAUGUUUCUGUUUAGGUGUUUAUGUUUAGAUGUUUUUUUUAGGUGUUUAUGUUUAGGUGUUUAUGUUUAGGUGUUUUUGUUUAGGUGUUUAUGUUUAGAUGUUUAUGUUUCGAUGUUUAUGUUUAGAUUGUAUGUUUAAAUGUUUAAGCCUAGGUACUGUUUAUGUUUAGGUGUUAAUGUGUAGGUGUUUAUGUUUAGGUGUUUAUGUCAAGCAUUUUCCAGUUAGCGUUUCGAUGAAUCACUAGUGAAAACUCAGCAGAGACAAUCCUAAAUGAAAUCAACCAUUGUUUAAUGUUGUUCACUCAUGCUUCCGACCGUCACUACGUCACCAGCAUCCCGUCAGCCACAGACAAACACAUCGAGAUGAUGACGGCCACCGCCAUCAAGACGAAGACCGUCUGUGGCGUCAUCAACCAGAUACCGUUUCAACCAAUCGUAUUUCAGGUAACAUUUCAAGUACUCCUUUUAAUGACAUGGGGCUGGGGGGGGGGGCCUAAAAUAAAGGUUCACAGCCGGGAAUUAUGAGUGUUUAGCCACACCCAAAUAUACACACUGAGAGUCAUUUCCAACACAUAUUGUUAAGGGGACGGAAUAAAGCAAGAAAAUAGCGUGCUUUAAAAGCCAUCAGCUGUUGUCUCCCUUGUCCACAGGACGACCCAACACGGAAACAGCGUUACGAAGACAGCAUCAUCGCUUGGACUUGGAGGAAAUUCCUGGAUAACGGAUCCAACCCCGAAAUUCUCCUUCGUCUUCCGAUGACUAAAGCGAGUGAAAAUUUCAGUUGUUGAUAAACUUUGAGAUGCCGUUUCAACAACAAUCUUUUUAUUUUUUUUAAACAUUUUUUAUUUUUUUAAAGUUCAGUCCUAUUACUAUUAGUUAUUCAACUCCAAGUGCUUGGAGAGCUAUUCAUGGAAUCAGAGAUUUUAAUAAUUUUUAAAUUAUUGAGCUAGCGUCCAACGAUUUAAUCAAUUUCUAUUGUUAGUGUACCAGACGUAACAUUGUUGCAUUUAUUAUAAGACUAUUGCAAGUGGUAGCAUGGCCUGUAUGGUUCAAAUGGUAGGAUUCUAAAAUGGCAUUCAACGGCAGUGAGCUUUUGAUUAAUACAAAUAAAAUCAUUCGGUUAUUUAAAAAUAAGGAACUCUAUUUUUUUUUUUACAAGAAACAAUUUUAAAAAAAAAUUUAACCAAGUUUAAAUCAAGGAAAAAAUCUUACAAAUAUAGAACACACUUUUCAUAUAAAUUGGAAAUAUCUUAAUACGUUAAAAGAAACUGGAACUUCAGCCUCCGUUCUUGUUUUCCGUUUCCAGACAAGGAAACUCAAUGCCAAAUAUCACCUGUGAUGGACAUACUAUAAACAUAAUUUCAUGUUUGGACCUUUUUUUCCCUUACAGGCAGUUGUCCGUGGUAUGGAUACAAUGUCCGAAUUCGCAAAAUCUUUUAGCGGAAAUCUCAUUACCAAGUUUGUUAUAGGAGGAGAGUCAAAGGUGAGUAGGUCAUGGGUCACAUGACAAGUGGGAUAGGUCAAGGGUUAUUACUGUGGUCGGCGAACAGGGGUUAAAAUAACAACAAAGUGCUAAUGAGGGCUCUAUGUACAUAAAUAAUUUUAUAUCUAAAGCAUUAUAUUAUUGAUGAACUAUUUCUUUUUCUGGCAAGCCUGCAUCUGGCCAGCGUAAUUUAGAAACGCACCAAAUGUAUUGUGGCUAUUUGUUUACAAGUGGCUUGACUAGUUUACAAGUGGCGAGCUCACUUCUCACAUUGUAUACGUCAUUUGCCUAGUCGCGUAUUUCAUCUUACGCUCAGUGGCGUCACUGGAGUUGUCAACCAGAGCGGUAAACUCAUUGGCCAGACUUUUCCCCAUGGACCCCCCUUCGAGUCGGCCUGCUCCGGUGUCAACAUGCACUCAUAAUUAUGGCAACCUGCUCAGGUGGUAUCCUGCUGUGGCGACAGUUGGCACCCUGCUCUGGUGACAGUUGGCACCCUGCUCUGGUGGUAUCCUGCUCUGGUGACAGUUGUCGCCCUGCUCUGGUGGUAUCCUGCUCUGGUGACAGUUGGCGCCCUGCUCCGGUGUCAACCAGCACUCAUAAUUAUGGCAUCCUGCUCAGGUGGUAUCCUGCUGUGGUGACAGUUGGCACCCUGCUCUGGUGACAGUUGGCACCCUGCUCUGGGGGUAUCCUGCUCUGGUGACAGUUGGCGCCCUGCUCUGGUGGUUUACCUGCUCUGGUGACAGUUGGCACCCUGCUCUGGUGACAGUUGGCGCCCUACUCUACUGACAGUUGGCGCCCUGCUCUGGUGACAGUUGACACCCUACUCCACUGACAGUUGGCGCCCUGCUCUACUGACAGUUGGCGCCCUGCUCUGGUGGUAUCCUGCUCUGGUGACAGUUGUCCUUACAGUCAUAGUUUUAUGUAACAUAAUUGACUCAGCUAGUAGUACCGUAAUCAUAGUUUUAUGUAACAUAAUUGACUCAGCUAUUAGUACCGUAGUCAUAGUUUUAUGCAACAUAGUAGUAACGUAGUCAUAGUUUUAUGUAAAAUAAUUGACUCAGCUAGUAGUACCGUAGUCAUAGUUUUAUGUAACAUAAUUGACUCAGCUAUAAGUACCGUAGUCAUAGUUUUAUGUAACAUAAUUGACUCAGCUAUAAGUACCGUAGUCAUAGUUUUAUGCAACAUAACUGACCUCACCUAGUAGUAACGUAGUCAUAGUUUUAUGUAAAAUAAUUGACUCAGCUAGUAGUACCGUAGUCAUAGUUUUAUGUAACAUAAUUGACUCAGCUAUAAGUACCGUAGUCAUAGUUUUAUGUAACAUAACUGCAGCACGCGAACACGACAUCAUAAUAUACCUUUCUAUCUGACAGAGGGGAUGGACCACGUGGACAACAGCAGCAGUGGACAAAAGAGUUAUUGGAAUGGUGCCAACGGUGAUGGACUUGCUCAAUCUGCAGAAGGUUAGGCGUCGCAGUCAAAGCUAACGGUUGUCAGACCGUUGGACUGAAUACAUAUUGCGGUCAGGCGCAUUACUAGCAGUUUAAGGUUUAAAUGAAAAGGAGAAUGAAUCCACCGUGCAGUUAAACAAACAUUUUAAAAAAUAUAUAUUUCCGAAUGCCCAUUAAUCAUCCGCUAAUUAGCACGCAUGUUGGUAUUAAAUUUUUUUUUUUGUUGUUUUUUUGUUUAGAAUAUGCAUCAUCACUAUCGGUCACUCGGAGGCUGGACUUUUGAAUUUGAAGAUUACUACAACGAGAGCGUCACCUAUGACCUGGACAGUCCCAACAUGCCCUUGAUGGAGGCCGUUAUUGAUCCAUUAAGUAAUCUUCACCACCAGUUGGUACUUUAUACACAUUUCUCAAACGGGGAUAUCCUACUCUUUAAAGCAUCCACCAAAACGUCCAUAUCCAUCAAAUUAGUUACACAACAACAACAAAAAAAAAAAUAAAAAUGCGAUUCAAGAGCGAUUUUCUUUAACAGAAAUUCGAUAUCAUGAGAUUGGUCAUAAAAUAAGAUUAGGUUAUAGUACAUGUACACAUUUUACCACAGAUAACUAAUAAUACAUGUAGUAGUAGUAGUAGUAGUAGUAGUACCAAAUAAUUUUUUUUCCAGUUUCGAUCAAACGUGUUUAAUUAAACCCCAAUAAUUAAAUAGUUACUGAAUGAUCCCCAAUAAUUAAAUAGUUACUGAAUAAUCCCCAAUAAUUAAAUAGUUACUGAAUGAUCCCAAAUAAUUAAAUAGUUACUGAAUAAUCCCCAAUAAUUAAAUAGUUACUGAAUGAUCCCAAAUAAUUAAAGGGUUACUGAAUGAUCCCCAAUAAUUAAAUAGUUAAUGAAUGAUCCCCAAUAAUUAAAUAUUUACUGAAUGAUCCCCAAUAAUUAAAUAGUUACCGAAUGAUCACAAAUAAUUUAAUAGUUACUGAAUGAUCCCAUUAAUUUAAUAGUUACUGAAUGAUCUCCAAUAAUUUAAUAGUUACUGAAUGAUCCCCAAUAAUUUAAUAGUUACUGAAUGAUCCCCAAUAAUUUUAUAGUUACUGAAUGAUCUCCAAUAAUUUAAUAGUUAUUGAAUGAUCCCCAAUAAUUUAAUAGUUACUGAAUGACCCCAAAAAUUUAAUAGUUACUGAAUGUUCCCAAAUAAUUUAAUAGUUACUGAAUGAUCCCCGAAAAUUAUUAUUAAGUAUCAUUCAAUCCUCAUCCGUUAUUUUAAGUUACUUUCAUAUUCUUAGGUUAUCAACUGUCGUUAUGCGACUGAAGAAAUAGACCAAUAAGACACUUUAAAAAACAAAAUUUUUGUACAGCCUACAGCAACAGAUACACCAUGCCCAAGAUGAUAGUAACAACAUCUGGGGAUGAAUUCUUCCUACCUGACGACUCUUAUUAUUACUUUGACCAGUUGCCUGGUCCGAAAUUCUUGAGGCAAGCUCAAUUUAAGAAAUUAUAAGAGGUCUUGAUGGUGCAAAAGAUGCUAAGUUGAUUCACAAACUAUCAAGACUCUGGUACAAGUUAAUGAUUAGUUUGUUAGUACCCGUUUACACUUGAAGUUUGUGUAAAUUAACAGUGGGGGCUGUUAUUCAAAGCCACUUUUGUAUUUAUUAGUGAAACGAAAAGAAUGGAAUGUACAUUAUUUUAUCCUAUAUAGGCCUAGGUCAAAAUCUUAAAUUUAUCUACACAAAUUUUGUGAGUGUUUAAAAAUAUUAUCAAAGGAUUUUUAAAUAGCGAUUUAACAUUAAGAAGAGGGUUUUCCAAAAUAAAAGAAAGCACACAAAAAAUGAAAUCUCGCAAUACCACACCUUAACUAACCAUUUAAAAUGUUUUCAUCUCUGCUAAUUUCCAGGAUAAUCCCCAAUGCAGAGCACUCUAUGACUGGUCACAUGAUGAGCAAUAUUUUAGCUAUUGAGAGCUUUUACCUGAAUAUCUUGGAAAAAGCAACUUUUCCAAGCAUUACUUGGACACGAAGUUCGACAUCACUAAGUGGGAAAAUUAUACUGACCACAUCUGAGGUCCCCAGCAAUGUCACGGUGUAUUAUUCCAAAACUUUGGAUGGAAUUAGGUAAAUUUAAUCUGGAAUCUAUGAAUCCAGCAAGCUUAUUAGCUUAUAUGGGAACGUUUGUUAAUUGUUCAAUAACUCCUAAGCCUAAGCUUAACUUAAAAUAUAGAAUUUCAGUUAACAUUCUAUAAAGUAAUCUCUCUCUCAGCCCCCCCCCCCAACUAUGAAUUCAACUUGUUUUUUGGCAGCAUAAACUUAUUUUGGUCGCUAACAUUUUGCAACUUCUUCCAACAAUUCUAAGCAGUUUAUACUCCAGCGAAAUCUCCAAAAAUAAUUGCCAUUUCUAGAAUGAUCAAUUCAUGAUACGGAACUACUUACUUGUAUGUUUUUAAAUAGUGAUAGUUUUGGAAUUAUGUAAAAUCAGAUGCAGUCUCCAAAAUGAAAACUAACUACUGAUAGUGAUACUGGGUAUCAAUUUUCUUUGUCCAUGUCAUUGAUCGCAAUACAUACUUCCUUAUAAAAUACUUUUAUAAAUACACCAGUUAUUUUCAAUAGUAUUAACACAUUUUUAUACAGGCAACAUUUUUGUAUGCAUUGUAUUUACAGGCGUGACUUCAGGCUGGCUGUUAAAGAUCCGAACACGGGUGAAGGCAAAAUUCACCCUGUGGUGUGGUUAAGUAAAUCGGCCACACAGCUAAGUGCCUUACAGUAUCAGGCUGAGGUAGAUGUGCCACUGAUAGGCUGGGCUGCCUUCUUCAUCCAGGUCAGACUGAGUUAUCUCUUAAUUAUUUUCUUAAAUGAGUCUUAGAAGUUUCUUGGAAUUAUUUAAAAAUAAAAAUAUGUUCAUUCAGUCUAAUUACUAUUAUCACUUUUACAUUUUAAUGGGACAUUUACAAUAUUGGGAUCUAGAAACAAUCCACAUAAUACUUUGAAGCCAUGGCUAUUUGCAUUGGUCUAGAAUACAUUUUUUGUGUGUUGAACUUGUGUACCUCCAUGUGUAAAUAAGUUAGUGUUCAUUAUAUUUAAAGACCACAUUGUUUACUUCCUGUUCAUUUUGAUUCAGGUCCAAUUUCCAGGUCUCAAAAAUUCUAUCCUGGAAUUUACCACAGAAGCCCACAUUAUACCAGAGACAUUUCCAUUUCCAGACUGUUCCGGCCAAUCCUGUUAUGGGACUUUAGUAUAACUGUUGAUCAGCAAUUAGAUUCAACCAUUGUUUUGUUUGUGUCUUUGCAGAGGCUAAAUAUUGCAUUUAAAGGUUAACAUAAAGUGUUAAUAAAAAUCAAAUGUGCCA